AUGGGAAUCUCCAACACCACCAUGAUAUUGCUUGCAUCAUUUGUGGUGGCUCUUUCACAAAUACCAAUCCAUCUUGCAGACACCCAUCAAGCCUACAGAGAGGAGUCCUUCGUGGAUAUGAUUGAUCCAAAAAUUGGAGUCAAAAUCCAAAACAUCAUGGGUAAUGGAUCAGGAGAGCAGAUCAGUGUUCAUUGCAAAUCCGAAAAAGAUGAUCUUGGGACUCAUAUUUUAAGGCCCAAGGAGUCGAUUCAGUGGAGAUUUCCACCUUCAAAGUUCCUCUACACAGCCUUCAAUUGUAAUGUAACAUGGGGGCAGCACUCAGUGAGCUUUGAUGCUUAUGAUUUUUGGAGGGAUAGUGGUGAUACCAACCGUUGCAUGCAGUGUGUUUGGAGUGUGUCAAAAGAUUCAAUUGUUGGAGAGGGUUUAUGGCCGUACCCAGAUCUUAUCAUCAAAUGGCCAAAAAUUUGA